AGGCCGUGCUGUACGGCAGUGACGGGAGUGAGUGGCGUCGGCUCAACGAACAAAACAAAUAAACAAACAGACGGGCGAAAGUGUCGUGGCAGACGGACGCGACGCGACUCUGCUCCGGGCGGCGCACAGCACAGUGUGUCUCCACGUCGGCCGCGUACCUCGCCGUGCCGAUUCAGCGAAUUUUUGUCGGUGUUUUCUGCAAAGCCAAGUCCGUGUCGCGCUGAAUGAGCCAUGGACGGGGCGCUCGGCGGCCCGUUCGGCUUCACCGCCGUCAGCGGCAACGGCAAGGGCCCCGCGACGAAGGACCUGGACAGUCACCAGGACCACCAGGACGCCGACAAGCCUAACGGCACCGAGGAGUCCAAUGGCCUAUCAACAACUUGCCUACAUUUCUACAGUGCAUGCAGCUGUCAGAAUAAGACCUCAUCGAGGCCCGACAGCCCCAGCGCCCCCAACGGCUUCUCCAAGAUGGACCUGGAGCGGCCCGGGCGCAUGCACCUCGAGGACCUGCCCAACGAGAUCUCGGCGCCCUACGAGGUGCCGCAGUUCCCCAUCGAGCAGAUCGAGACCAAGCUCGCCAUGCAGCGCCAGCUGUCAGUGUGGUGAAUAUUUGGCAUGCCGGGGAUGGGGGCGGGAGCGGGUGCACUGCAAAACA